AUGUACUCUUUCUACUACUUCAUCGCGGAAAAAUUGCAAGUCAAAGUUGAUAGGUUUAGGAUGAAUGAUAAGGUUAGGAGGUUGAAAAGGAAGUUGUUUGCUAAUUUGGAGAAGAAAGGACAGAACCCUAUUUUCACCAGUCCUCAUGAUUAUUUAAUUUUUGAGCUUUCUAAGAAACUAUGGGGUGAUGAUUAUUUAGUCUAUGAAUAUUCAAAGAAAAUAUAUGGUGGCAAGAUUAGUGGUGGGAGUAUUAAUAGGCUUGUUAAGAAUGUGAACAACGUGAGGGAUCAAGUUAAUAAUACCUUUGCCAAACUAAAGGAUGUUGAGAAAGAGAUUGUUGUAAAAGAGGUGGCGGCUAAUGGUGAAAUAGAUGAUGAAGAUCAACUGAAUUUUCAGUCCAAGUAUCCGCAUUUGGCUGCAACUUUUAAUGUGAUGAAGAAAACUAUGAGUUUGGUUGAUAGUGACAAGAUGAGGGAUUUGGAGGAAGAGUUGAAGAAACUGCAGGAGAAAGAAACUGAUUUGAAGAUAAAGAGGUUAGAUUUGAUUAGGGAGAAUUGUGAAUUGGUGGCUGAGGUUACGAGAGGUAAGUAGAAGUUGAGGGCUUAUAUAUGUUUUUUUUUUUUUGUGCAAAAAGUUACGGGCACUAAUUACUAAAGUAGUUUUCUUGGAGCUUUUAGAUUAUGUUUGAUAUGU